AUGGUGUCAUUGCCUUGUAAAAGUAACAAUAAAUUACAUGCAAGUGAAAUAGUGUGUGAAGGAUCGAGAUCAAACAUAGAGGGCUACAAAUUCUCAUAUGUACGGUAUAUAUGUGUGAUUAUUGGUUGUGUUCUAACGGCUGGACUUCUACGGUUACUGUUUCACUGGUUUCCUCAGUGGAUGCUUUGGUGUACACACAAAACUUGUGGUCUUAAAGAGGCGGAUAAGGUCAUGAUAAAGGAUAUUUCUGGUAUCUAUAUCCAUAAAGUUCAUUAUCCUACAAAGGAGAAGUCAAGGCCACAGUGUGAUAGUUCAACAACGGACGCUUUUCUUGAGGACCAGAACAAACACCAGUAUAUCAUUCACAAAAAGUUAAAGUAUAUUUGGAACUGCGAGUCCGAAAAAUUUGAGCUAUUAGAAUACUGGGAUAAGCGUCCUUACCAUGAAGUAUUAAAUACACAGGCCUUAACUGCGGAUCGAAUUAAAACCCGUCGAAGCUUGUAUGGAAUUAAUAAGAUAGAUAUUAGCCUUACACCCAUAAUCAGGCUUGUUUUAAAUGGUUGUCUUACUCCUUUUCAUUGCUUUCAAGUAUUCAGCUGCGUCAUAUGGUAUUGCGUCGAGUAUGAAAUAUAUGCGACAUGUAUUGUUGUGUUUUCGGUUAUAUCGCUUAUUUUUCAGGUUCACGAGCUCCGUAAGAAUGAACGCGCUCUAAAGAGAACUGUCUGCGUUUCAUCUAAAGUUGGUGUGUGCAGACGUUAUGACGGGAAGGAUGAUUUUAUGCUUGUCGAUUCAACCGAAUUGGUACCAGGAGAUUUAAUUGCCGUUCCGAGUAGUGGAUGUUUGAUGCAAUGUGAUGCAGUAUUAUUGAUGGGGAACUGUAUCGUGAAUGAAAGUAGCUUAACAGGUGAAAGUCUACCGAUUACAAAAAUCCCACUGCCCAAUGGACAAUAUGAAAAUACCACAUUUGAUUUUCGUUCAUGCCCACGACAUAUUCUCUUCAGUGGCACAUCUGUCAUUCAGACACGUGGUGAUAUAAAUAAGCGUGUUUUGGCUGUAGUUAUCCGAACGGGAUUUAUGACCACUAAAGGAGAACUUGUGCGAUCUAUCAUGUUUCCGAAACCUAUGAAAUUUAAAUUUACUCAGGAUGUUUAUCAGUUUUUGGGAGCCCUUUGUGGAGUUGCACUUGUUAGUCUAUGUGUCACCAUUUAUCUCAUGUAUUGGAAUAAGAAGGAGUUGUACUAUAUUAUUUUGAGGCCUUUGGACAUAGUAACAAUUGUGAUACCACCUAUUCUACCAGUGGCGAUGAGUGUUGGAAUCGUUUUCGCUCAACGGCGACUUCGUAAUCAUGGUAUUUAUUGUAUAAAUCCAAGCGUUAUGAAUGUUUGUGGUGUGAUUAAUCUCACCUGUUUCGAUAAGACUGGUACUCUCACUGAAGAUGGGUUGGAUCUGUGGGGUGUCGUCCCGAACAGAGAUGGAGUUCUUGAAAAGCCUGAAUUCGAACCAUCAAAGUUAGAUUACGGACCUUUGGUUGAAUGCAUGGCUACUUGUCAUUCACUGACUCAAAUUGAUGGUGUCUUAUCGGGUGACCCCUUGGAUGUGAAAAUGUUCCAGUCUACCAAAUGGGAAUUCAUCGAAGUUACUUCGGAAGAUCAACAUAAUUUUGAUUUAGUUAUAUCGGCAAUCGUACGUCCCAAGAAGGAUGAAUGUGGUGAUACAUUUAAAAAGAUACCGUAUGAGAUCGGUAUAGUACGUCAGUUUCCUUUCAGUUCAUCUGUACAACGGAUGUCUGUGAUAACACGUACUUUAAAUGAAUCUCAAUUUCAUGUAUAUACAAAGGGCGCCCCAGAGACAAUAGAAGUUUUGUGUCGACGUGAUACAAUACCUACUAAUUUCCACUCAAAUUUGUUGGAAUUCACUCGAGAAGGCUUUCGCGUUUUGGCAUUGGCUUGGCGACCUAUCAAGGCAUCAUAUUUACGUAUUAUGCGCAUAUCGCGUGACCGAGUUGAACAUAAUCUUUUGUUUCUGGGACUACUGGUGAUGGAAAAUCGACUGAAACCUGAAUCUGGUCCGGUUAUUAAAACUCUACGCCAAGCGAAUAUACGACCGGUUAUGGUAACAGGUGAUCAUAUGCUUACCUCUCUUUCUGUGGCACGAGACUGCGAAAUGAUUGAUGAACUAGAUCGAGUCGUCAUUGUGACAGCUCGUCCACCACCUUGUCCUGGUAAUGAUUUUGAUUCAGAUGUGUUAAAUGAAAGUCAACCAAUCCCUAUACCAAAUAUUGGAUUUUCACUGAAAAGAAUCCAAACAACAUUCAGGAUGCUACCAAUGCAGGAAAUAAUAAAAAUUUUCAGAUGA